CCCCACAAAUUAAAAUCCUAUAAAUGGUGAUUGAACCCUUCAAAGCCAUCUCUACUUCCAUUUCAUUUGGCAUAUAUUUGUAUAUACAUUUAGCAAAAUUUUCUCUCUGGUUUGAAGAGUUGAAGAGAAAAUGUUGGCUAUUUUCCACAAGGCAUUUGCUCAUCCUCCUGAGGAGUUGAAUAGUCCAGCCUCCCACAAAUCUUCAAAGAAGCCUAAACUUCCUGAAGAAACCGUGAAUGAGUUCCUAUCUCAUCACCCUCAUAACACUUUUUCCAUGAGCUUUGGCAACGCUGCUGUGCUAGCUUAUGUUCAACCAGAAAGUCCUUACUUGGUUCAUCAAAGGUUGUUUUGUGGAUUUGAUGAUAUAUACUGCCUCUUCCUGGGGAGCUUGAACAAUCUUUUUAUGCUGAAUAGACAAUAUGGUCUGUCAAAAGGGAGCAAUGAGGCCAUGUUUGUGAUUGAAGCAUAUAGGACCUUGAGAGACAGGGGUCCAUACCCUGCUGAUCAGGUUGUUAAAGAUCUUGAUGGAAGCUUUGCCUUUGUUAUCUAUGACAGCAAAGCUGGAACUGUCUUUGCUGCACUGGGUUCUGAUGGUGGGGUUAAACUGUACUGGGGAAUUGCAGCUGAUGGCUCAGUGGUCAUAUCUGAUGAUUUGGAUGUCAUCAAAGAAGGCUGUGCCAAAUCCUUUGCUCCCUUCCCAACAGGAUUCAUGUUCCACAGUGAGGGAGGUUUGAUGAGCUUUGAGCAUCCAAUGAACAAAAUCAGGGCAAUGCCAAGGACAGACAGUGAGGGAGUAAUUUGUGGAGCUAAUUUCAAGGUUGAUGUCUACACAAGAGUUAACAGCAUUCCAAGAGUGGGAAGUGAAACAAAUUGGACUCACUGGGAUUCACAGCAAUAAAACUAAAACACCUUUAAAAAAAAGGUUGUUAUGAAACUUUGUUCUCCAAGAGGAUCAAAGCUUAAACAAACACUAGGACUUCUGCCUUUCUCUAAGUUCUUGACUUUUUUGGUACUUUUCUUGUUAUGUUUUCUGUGUUUUUGUUUUUUCUUUUGGGAUUAUAAAUAAUAACCAAAUGCCUACUAUUAUCCUACUUUUUUUGAAACUUUUUUGCCAAUCUGAAGUAUAUUGAUUUUAAUGUGUAAAGGACCUAAA